UGAGUUUCGAUUUUAGAAUCCAUGAUAGUCUAUUCUUAAUGUUGAUAAACGUAUAAAUAAAUACCUAAGAUAUACAUUAAAGCACAAGUUUGCUCAUUUGUCUUUGGCGGUUUAAUUGGAUUAUGCUUAGAUGUGCAUAGCUUGUUGUUUUGGUCCAGCUGAUUAAAACUGUUAAUUUAACAGUGUUAAAAGUCCUAAAUCAGGACUCCUGAUAAGGACGUUAAUUAUCAUGGAUAACAUCGAGACAACUGCAAGUGAUGAAGUAACAAUCAAAAAUCUCGUUAAAGAAUUAGCCGAAGAUUAUUCAGAUUUUUUCAAAGUCGAUACAUCUGAAGUGAUUAAACAAUUCGAUAACUCAAUUGAGGAAAAUUUAGUUAUCUUGGAAGAUUUUUGUACCACUUUGGAUAUGAUAAGGAAUAACACUGGCCGGUUGGAACAAUCUUCACUUACAAUAGCUACUAAGAGCAAAGAAAUGGAAGUGUUAUACGAAAGUAUUGAUAAGCUUGAAUUAUUUGUUAAUGUAGUUAAAGAUCAAGUGAACAAAAUGGAAGACGAACUAAUCAAAGCUGAACAAUCUUUUGCAUCUAGGAGUAAAGUUAAAAAAUUCAUAACCUCUUUAUUAUUGCCCAGCAUUAAAACAAAAUCGCCGUCAACCUCUCCUGAAAUACAACCAUCAUUUGGUUUCGAUGAGAUUUUCAGAACUCAAGAUUAUAUCGCUAAUCGACCCAACAAUGUUCCUACUGAUUCUGAUUCCAUUCAUUCUUCUGAGGAAAAACCAUCCACCUGUGAUAUCAAAAGUGAACCAAAGGGAUAACUCUUGGUUAACUUUAAUUAUUUUUUGAAAGAAACGAGUUUAAUCGAUAAACAAUCGAUAAUCUUAAACAAAUUAUUUGCCAAUAUUUUGAUAUUUUUCAAAUCUCAACCUAGAUGAUCACCAUUCUAGUAAUUUUGCUGAUGUUUUAUUUUUAUUUCCUAUUCUCAAUCAAUUUAUGUUUAUUUUUGAUCAAAAUUAUUUGUAAAACACCUUACACUUUGUAUUGUGUUAUCAAACCAAAGUUGUCAACAGGCAACGAAACUCAUCAAUUUUUCUUGAGUUUCACUCAAUCACAAUUACUAUUGUUAUACACAAAAUAGACCUAAACAAUGUCUAAUUUUUGGUUGAUAAUCAAGUAAAUUAUACUGACUAAUCUUAAUUAGCAAUAUUCUGACUGUUGCUAACUAAUAAAAACGUUGUUACAUUAAAAAAGUCAGCCUAAAGAGUUAUAA